AUGGGACCAGGAUAUGGGGUUGAUGAUUUGAUACCUUUGAAAUGUCCGGAAGCGAAACUUAUAGAGAACUGAGGAGCCACUCCCAGUGCGGGUGUUUGCAUGUUUGUGUUUGCAUGUGUUUGUGUGCGUGUGUGUUGGUGUAUAAAUGAGCUGGAAUCCUCUCUAGGUUAGUCCAGUCACCAUAGAUAGGUGAAGUUAGAACUUGACCAAUCAGUCACCAUGGGGGUGACGGGCUUGUGGUGGCUGCUGGAGGGAAACGGCCAGAUCUACCAGAUCUACAAGGACUACCACUUCAGGGACAGCAAGCUAGUGGUGGACGGCAGCAACCUGGCCUACCAUCUCUACUUUAGGUACUUCCUGGACCUGAGCCACGGUGGGGAGUACCUGGCCUUCCGAGCUCUGGUUCAGGCUUUCUUCACGAUUCUGCACAACUGUGGAAUCAAACCUUACGUGGUGAUGGAUGGAGGCUCGAGCAAAAGCGACAAUAAAUUGAAUAAUAUCCUGGAAAGGAACAGAGAAUUUGUGCGGAGGGCCGAUGAAAUCGCUCUGAAGGGCAGGAGGGAGGACAUCCUUCCCCCCUUUACCCUGUCAGUGUUCGAACAGACGCUGAACGACAUGAAGGUGCCGCUGGUCAGGUGCUUCGGAGAGACCGACGGCCAGCUGGCUGCCCUGGCCAGAGAGUGGUGCUGCCCGGUGCUGUCCACAGACACUGACUUCUACAUAUACGACCUUCCAGAGGGGGUUCUACCUCUGAAACUCUUCCGUUGGGAUGGGGUGGAGACGGAUUUGGGAGGUUGUUUCAUCCCUUGCAAGCGAUACACCACGAUCAGCUUCUGCACCUUCUUCAACAUCGACCCCCAGCUCCUGCCCGUCUUUGCCUCGUUGGCCGAGAACGACGAUGUCAACCUCAGAGAAAUUAAAUGGAUCCAAUUCCUUCGAGCGGACCACCCUAGGAAGUGUCGCCUGAGGGGCCUCCUGAGCUGGCUCGGAGCCAGGACAGACCAGACGACAGAAGACAUCUUGACAGCAGCGAUGGAUCUCAUGCCCGACAUGAGUCAACAGGCGCGGACGGAGGUGUGGACGAUGGUGAGGAUGGCCAUGCUGGAGCACCAGCUCCCCAGCUCCUCUCUGCGGGGGUUCUUCAGUGAGGGAACAAUUCCGCCGCUGCCCGCUGAGAUGUUGAGCUGCGUCCCCGACUGGGUCCGCGCGCCCCUGGCCAGAGGAGAGCUGAGCGGUGAUGUGUUGAACGUGCUGGUCGAUAGGAGGAUGAUUUUGGGGAUCCAGGCGGAGCUCAGUGACCUACAGAGCUCCAACCUCACCUCGCAGCCCAUCCGGCAGGUGCUGUACGGGCUGCUGCUGGGCCUGGGGCAAGGCGCGGUGAGGGAAGUGGACCGGGUCGAACUGGAGGUACAACCGUUGGUCCAAGGAGCCGCUCAGCAGCUGAGACUGGCCACUCUGCCCCAGGCAGACCCCGCUGUGAGGCUGCAGGUGUGUCUGGAGACGCUGGGCGUGGAGGAAGAGACGCUGGAGGGAGUUCCGGCUCACCUGCGCCUCCCAGUGGCUGUGACCCGCUACUGGCUGAGGAGGGCCAGCCCUGAGCCGACGCUCCUCAAAGCUCUGCUGAUGGUCAUGGUCCAAGGAGAACUGAUCCGACAGACAGGAGGGACAACAGGUAGUGGGCAGCAUUAUACCAAACACAGUAAACAGCUUCCAGAUGGUGUCGUGGCUCACAGCUUCAACCAAUGGCAGGCCUGCCUGUAUGACUCCUCCCAGCUCAACCUGCUGCUCUGCAAGCCCCUCCCUGAACCCCUCUUCGCUUGGUUGUACAAGGGCAGGCUGGUGCACCACCGGCAGAAGCUGCUCCAGUGGAGGAAACCAGAGGAGAUAGUACAGGACGACCAGUUCAGGAGACUGUACAGGAGCCUCCUGGAAAAAGUGCUCCAGCCAGACCCAGGGGCCAACAGGAGAGCUGGGGGGCCUGAGGCCCAGCUGAGGGCCAGCAUGGAGCACCUUCACCUCAACACCCAGGAAGAGGAGGAGGAGGAGGAGGAGCUGGGCGGGGCUGCAGGCCUGGAUCAGGGCUCGGAUGGGUCUUGGGUGGAGGUUAAAAGCAGGAGGAGGAAGCAGUAG